UGAAAUAUCUAGUGAAGGAGCUCGUAAUAUUGCAAUACCAACUUUACUUGUACAUGCUCGUGAUGAUCCUGUUAUACAUGUUGAUGCUGCUGCCAAGUUACCUCCUAAUGCAUCCAAAUAUCUCUAUACACUAGUAACUCCAUCUGGUGGGCAUUUAGGAUGGCCUCAAGGGUGGUUACCAUGGCAACAAGGCUUUAAGUGGAUAUCGGAUACUGUUGUGGCCUUUGCUGAUGUUGUUUCCAAUAAUAGCACUUUACUCUUACAAGAAGAAGAUGAAGAUGACAACACACAGAAGGAU